UCGUGACACCACAAUGCACCUUAGUUACCUCCUUAGAGGUCAAUGUAUGUCCAAUUAUAAUAUAGUUAUUUAACUUAAGUGUCAUCCAACUAUAAAACUAAAGGUAACCCUAAAUCUGUAUUUGCAAUAAAAAUUGCACAACAGUAGCGAUAUUGAAGUAUAAUUCACGCGUAUACUCGAUGUGUCGAAAGUGGCUAAGAUAGUUACUGCAAGCCAGUGUAGUCCGAGAAUCGUGCGCGUGCGCAUUCGCCGGGUACGUCAUAAUGAUAACAAUUCUGGUGAUACUGGUAGUUGCUUUGAUAUUGGGACUAUAUCAGAAGAAUACUAACGCGAUAUGCAAAUCCAGGAAGAGGUUAGACGGGAGGACUGUGAUUGUGACCGGGGGAACUCUGGGAAUGGGACUGAAAAUCGCUACGGACUUGGCUGACCGAGGAGCGAGGGUCAUCGUGGCUUGUCCGUUUGUAGACGAAGGGACACGAGGCAGAGACUUCAUUGUGGGCAAGACUGGCAACGAAAAUGUCAUAUUUAAAAUUUUGGAUCUGUCCUCUUUAAAAUCCAUUAGAGAUUUUGUAUCUGAAAUUAACAGAAGCGAGGAACGUUUAGACAUUUUAAUCAACAACGCUGGUGUCGGUACCGUCAAGAACAGGCUCACUAAAGAUGGAAUGAGUUUUAUAAUGGAAGUCAAUUAUUUUGGACAAUUCCUCCUAACGUUACUGCUCAUACCCCUCAUGCACAAAAGUGGAACAAAAGAUGAGCCGGCAAGGAUCAUUAAUACGUCCUCAGUCAUGCAUAUACUCGGAGUCGUCAAUUUUGACAAGCUGAAUAGUGUAACUCACUACUAUCCUAUCCAAGUGUACUCCAAUAGCAAGUUGUGUGUUAUGCUCUUCACUUGCGAGUUGUCGAAGCGUCUGCGAGGCACCAACAUCGUCUGCAACUGCGUCAACCCGGGGGCAGUUGGGACCGGUAUAUUCUUCACUUGCACGAAUAAGAUGUUCGCUUCAAUUAUCUCCUUCUUAUUUUCCUCCCUCUUCAAGACUCCGUGGGAGGGGGCACAGACUGCUCUUCAUGUGGCUCUGGAUAAGAUCGCGGGAGUAACCAAUGGGGAAUAUUUUGAGAAUUGCAGAGUGUCGAGAGCGAAGAAGGUGGCAUAUAGUGACGACAUCGGUGGACAGUUGUGGCAGGAGUCCGUGCGUCUUACUAGGAUUAUGGCAGACGAAAUAGAUGCAUGUGCAUUCAAGUAUUAGAAAAAUUAGGCGUCGAUAAUAAAAUGUUUUAAUAAGUUAUAAU